AUGGUUAAAAACAGACUCUUCUCUGACAAGAGUACGCAUUAUUGGAACAAUAUCGUAAGUAGUAACAGAAAUCAAAACAAUUUUUGGGAUAUUGCCAAUAAAAUGUUAGAUAAAAUUGCUAGGAUAACAGAAACAACAAAUGCACAUUCUGAAUUUCCGCUUCAAGUAGUCAAGAUGUUUGAUAAAUGUACGUUUUCAUGCUUUUGGGUGGUUACUGAAACUCAGUUGAGGGAAACGAAAACAUUGAGUGACACGGCAGAAAAAAAGGAGCAUGAAAACAAUGUGAUGAGAUUCAGACUGAAGGAGGGUGAGGCUGACAGGACAAAUGUUUUUACAGACAAAAAUGUCAUCAAAUUAAUAAGAAUUAGUAAGAAAAAUGAAAAUGUUGUGGUCAGGCCGAUCUUGAUAAAGUUUGAUGAUUUAAAGAUCAAGGAUUUACUGUUUAAAAAUAUAUAUAAACUGAAGACAAUUGGUGAUGAUCUUGCUCAGGUAAGGUUGAGUCAUGAUCUUGCCAGAGAGCAGAGAAUCAAAUUAAAAAUCGUUCUCGAGGAGGCACAGAAAAAGAAUGCUGAUGAAAUAUUCGACAUUUUUGAUCUGGUCAACUAUAUAAAAGGUAAAACUCAUUUUCUUGGUGGUACACUAGAUCUGAUCGUUAGCUCUCGUGAUUUCGUUGUUCCUAAGAUAAAAAUUUAUCCUAGUGAAGUAUUUUCUGAUCUUAGUUGUAUAAAGGCAAAAAUAACAAUUGCUCAAAUGCGUGGUACUUUGGUUAAAAAAUUAACUUGGUCUAGAAAAGAUCUUGACAAAGAUCAGUUUACAAAAAGUAUUAUAAACUCAGCUGUUGCAAAUUUUUGGCUAGCGGCAAGCAAGAUCCUGUGUAAAGACAAGAAAAAACUUAAACUUGAUGUUGGUUUAAAGCUAACAGCUUCCCAAUUCAUGCGGUUUUUUGCAGACAAAAUAAAUAAAAUUACUCAAACUACAGAAGCUAAUUAUAAUUCGUCACUUGAUGUUAAUAGGUCAAAGAUCAAGGAACAGUCCGAACGACAGACAGAGGAGUUGAAACAGAUCAAGGACCAGCUAAAACACGUAAAAUUGGAAGUGGCAGAACAGAUUGAAGAACAGUCAACAAGAAUAGAAAUAAUCGAGCAGAAACUUGAUCGUCAGACCGUUGAGAUAGAUCACAAGAUAGACAAAUUGAAACGAGAAUUGGAGCAAUCCAAAAAAAUGACCAUGCCUUUAGAUCACGCAUCCGGAAGAACUUUGAAGGUACCAGCAUUUGACGGAGAGAUGUCCUGGAACGUUUAUAAAACCCAGUUCAAAGCAGCGGCAACUAGUAACUGUUGGAACGGAAAAGAACGAGCGACAGCACUGAUACUGGCCCUGCGAGGUUCAGCAGCAGAGGUUCUUCAGACGAUUCCGGCGGAGAACCACUUCAACUAUGAAGUUCUGGUUAGCGCGUUGGACUUACGUUAUGGUGAAGAACACAUGAAACAGAUUUAUCGGUCUCAGCUUAGAAACAGAACGCAACGAUCUGGUGAAUCCAUUCAGCAGCUGGCACAAGAUAUCGAACGGUUGACAUUGCUGUCGUAUCCGACAUCAGACCCCGAGCAUAGAGACGAAACUGCCCUGGAUACGAUGCCGUUGCGCAGUCUCACUUUUGAAUCGGCAAAGCAAGCAUCAAAAAGUGACGUACGUCUACGCCAAGUACAUGAAGAAUGCUCUUGCAAGAAGAUGGUUGUGAAACGCGAACCCCAACUGCAUGGUGUACCCCAAUGCUGGAUUUGUGGUGAAAAAGGCCAUCUACGUCGUGAUUGUAAACAACGCCUAAAAGAUAACUACUGCCGAAAUUGCGCGACAAGAUGGCGCAAAAGAAGAGAAGAUGAUCCUGUAUCACGAUCGGCCCUUUCUAACGAAGGGGCGGAAAACUAA